AUGACUAUCAGAGACCAAGAAGAGGAAAGAAUCCAAUCAGAGAUCGCCAGCAUCGAAAAAUGGUGGGCGUCCGAAAAACAGGCCAGGCUGAAAAGGCCAUACAGUGCCAGAGACGUGGCCGUGAUGCGCAACUCCAUCGAGCUCAACCACCAGGUCUCGUCGCAGCAGGCCGUCAAGCUGUGGAACUUGUUUGAGGAGAAGAUCGCCAAAAAGGAGCCGUUGCUCACGUACGGCGCGGUCGAUCCAAUCUUGCUCUCGCAGCUGUCCAAGUCGGGUCUUGAGAUCGGCUAUGUUAGUGGAGCAGUGUGCGGUCUGUCCAACGUUGCAGAGCCUUCAAUGGACACGGCAGACUAUCCGUGGGACACCGUUCCAAACACCGUCCAGAAACUGGUCAAUUCGCAGCUCUGGCACGACAGACGGCAGAACCAUUUGCGGUCGCUGAUGACCCCUGAACAACGUGCUGCCACUCCAAAAGUGGACUACUUGGUUCCCUUGAUUGCAGACGGAGACAUGGGAUUCGGCAGCACCACGGGAAUCAUGAAGUUCACCAAGAAGUUUGUCGAGGCCGGCGUGGCCAUGUUCCAUCUGGACGACCUGGCUAUUGGAAUGAAACGGUUCACCAUCGGCGAAGGAAGAACUGUUGUUCCAACUUGCGAGUACCUGAAAAGACUCACUGCUGCCCGGUUCCAGCUCGACCUCAUGGGAGCAGAAACCUUGUUGAUGGGCAGAGCAGACUCCAUGCACGCCGAGUACAUCAGCUCUGUGAUCGACCCGCGCGACCACGGCUACGUCCAGGGAGUCACGAACCCAGACUGCGAGCCACUGAUCGAGGCAAUGGUCAAGGCCCAGCGCAAUGGCGAGGACUACAAGACUGCCCGCAAACUGUGGAUGGAAAAAGCGUGUCUUUUGACCUUUGACGAGGCCGUUGAGAAGGUGGCUACCAAGGAAGAGUACCAGGAAUACUUGACCCUUUUCAAGGACUCAAAAUUCAAGAGCAUCAACCAGAGAAGACAACACGCUUCUCAGGUUGUUGCCAAACAAGUCUUCUUCGACUGGGACGCAGCAAGAUCCACAGAUGGCCAGUACUUCCUCAAACACACUUUGGAUCACGUGAUCGACAGAGCAAUUGCGUCGCUGCCAAUCACCGACACCACCUGGGCACGGAUGGAUUCUCCGAAGUGGGACGAGAUUGUUCGGUUCCACGAGGUGCUGCGCAAGAUCGACAGCAAACGGGCGUAUGGAUUUGGGUACACCGGGAGAUACGACUACAAGGCGGCUGGCUUCAGCGACGAGCAGCUCAAGAACUUGCAGUUUGACCUUGCGGAAAUGGGCAUUGUGUUCCAGACCCAGCCGAUCUAUGCUUGCCAAGGUCUGAACAUGGUGAGUUUAGAGUUUGGCAAAAUGUUCAAGAAGGAAGGUAUUUAUGGCUACAACAGAGAUAUUGUUGUGCCAUGCAAGGAAAACGAGACCGACGGGUUUGAGACCGCGUGGUGUGGAGCCAAGCUGUCGGAUACCCAGAUGUUCAUGGCCGACUCGUUGGAUGUGACCUUGCCAUAUUAA